AUGGCUGAAGGAAAUGGCUCCACAGUGACCGAGUUUUUCCUCCUGGGAAUCACAGAUGAUCCUCAGAUGCAGGUCAUCUUUUUUGUGGUGUUCCUUUCCAUCUACCUGGUCAAUGUGAUAGGGAACCUGGGCAUGAUCAUCCUCAUCUCUCAUGACCACCGGCUCCACACACCCAUGUAUGUGUUCCUCUGGCACCUGUCCUUCUGUGAUCUCUGCUACUCCUCUGCCAUUGCACCCAGGAUGCUGGCUGACUUCUUGUCAAAGGAGAGAGCCAUCUCCUUCUCAGGCUGCAGUGCUCAGUUCUACUUCUUUGCUGCCUUUGUGGAUACAGAGUGCUAUGUGCUGGCUGUGAUGGCCUAUGACCGCUGUGUGGCCAUCUGCAACCCUCUGCUGUAUUCCUCUGCCAUGUCCAAGAAACUCUGCAUCCAACUUUUAGCAGGGUCAUAUAUUGCUGGCAUGACGAAUGCAGUGAUACACACAACAGCCACCUUCAGCCUGAACUUCUGUGGUUCGAAUAUCGUUAAUCACUUCUUCUGUGAUGUUCCCCCUCUGCUAUCCCUGUCCUGCUCUGACACCCACAUCAAUGAGAUCCUGCUCUUUGCCUUUGCUGGAUUUGUUGAAAUGAGCUCCCUCUCCGUCAUCCUCAUCUCUUACCUCUUCAUCCUCUCUGCCAUCCUGAGGACCCGCUCUGCUGAAGGCAGACAUAAAGCUUUCUCCACCUGUGGCUCUCACUUCGCUGGGGUCACUUUGUUUUAUGGGACAGUCAUUUUCAUGUACCUUCGACCCACAUCAGUCUAUUCCCUGGACCAGGACAAAUGGGCUUCCGUGUUCUACACAGUGGUGAUCCCUAUGAUGAACCCCCUGAUCUACAGCCUGAGAAACAAGGAUGUGAAAGAAGCUUUCAAAAAGCUCAUCAAGAUGAAAUAG